GGGAGCGCGCGCUGGGCGGACCAUUGAGGCGAGCGGGCUAAUAACGGCCGGCGGUGCGGAGCCGGUGCAGUGAGCGGCUAUAGCGGGACACACGGUACGGGCAGGCAGCACACUGAGCACAGCCCGGGCACAGAGCGCAGCACACCGGCCGCCAUGUCACUCUGCCGCCCGCUGUCAUCCCGGAGCGGAGAGCGAUAUCACAGCGGCUCUACGGCAACCAGCUGCAGUCGUUUGAGAAAAAUACAGCAACUCUUCACUAAAAGCAACAAAUCCAGUCCAGAUGGCAUUCUCUGCAUUUUAGGAAUUGACAGCCGGUACAAUGAGGGAUGCCAGGAGCUCGCAAAUUAUCUGCUGUUUGAUCUCUAUAGCCAAAGAAACGCUGAUUUUGAGAGAACUGUGUUUCCAGAAGAGGUUCUAGAUGAUGUUAUACUCCUAAUUAAAUCUGACAGCGUCCAUCUGUAUUGUAACCCUGUUAACUACUCUUAUCUGCUGCCUUAUGUAGCUGGCUGGAGAAAUCUGCAUUUCCAUUGCAUGUCAGAAAGCGAGUAUGAAGAUGAGGAGGCUGCAGAGGAGUUUAAGAUUGCCAGCUUUGUGAAUAUGGUUCAGGACUGCAGCCGUAUUGGAAUUCCAUACAGUGCUCGAGGUCAUCUACAAAUGUUUGACAUGUUUAUUGUGGAAAAGUGGCCCAUUGUGCAGGCAUUUGCCUUGGAGGGCAUCGGCGGCGGUGGUUUCUUUACAAUGAAACAUGAGUUAAUGGAUGCAAGUGAAUUACUCUGGAAGACCUACAGCAUCAUGGAUCCUGUUUCAUUGGAGGUGUUGCUAAUGGAGGACUUGCUCACAUUUGAGCAUCAGUGGGCAAACCUGUUCUCAAAUUUCGAAACAGAAGUUCCUUUUGUCCUGGAGCUGUCAGAGUGCCAGGCUGGAGAGCCAUUCAGGAGCUACUACAGCCAUGGGAUGCUGUCAAGCCACAUCUCUGAUAACAGUCCCUGUAGGCAGCCAUACGUCUUGUUUAGCAGCCAUUCCACCCGAGAGAACCUGAAGCCUGGCAGCCUCAUCUUUCCAUCAGAAGGUCACCUGGUCAGAAAUACUGGCCCCGGGGGAAGCACGGCUAAGCACAUGGUGGCGCAGUGCGUGUCUCCUAAAGGACCUCUGGCUUGUGCGAGAACUUACUUCUUUGGAAGCACUCAUGUUCCUUAUUUAGGUAAAGAUAAUGAAGCUCAAAACAAAAAUGAACACGUUUCGGUGCUGUCACAGAUUUAUACUGCUGUGGUCAAAGCUGUCCUUGCUGGAAUUGCAAGCUAUGUACAGACGUCAAGUUUAACCAAGGCAAAGGAAGUUGCAGAGCACACACUAUGGACAGGGCUGGACUCGUUCAACCUUGUGCAAAUUAAAUCUUCAUUAAGGUCUAAAGUGACAUUUCAGAUUGAAGCUGUGAAUAGUUUAGGAAGGAUUGUGCCGUUGGACCUUGAGGAAAGCUUGCAUUUAGUUCAAACAGCAUGUAUGACCGUGUAUGACAUUCCCGACCUGCAUGGUGGCCGUGGGUGUUUGGGAUCAGUCGUCUUUUCAGAGUCUUUUCUGAAGUCACAGAUCUUGGUCAAAGAGAAAGAUGGAGCUGUCACUACAGACAAUAACUACGUCAUUUUAACUGCUUCUGUCCCCAGAUUUGUCUCCUGGCUGAUUGAAGAUAAUGAAGUAAAACUGUCAGAGAGAGCCCUGAACACUGUGAAGGAGAACGAGUCUUUUCUUGGAAGAUUCCUGGCAGGAGGGGAUCGGGCUUACAUGUGCUCCAGCAGUGUACACGUUGGUCCAGAGGAAGGUAAACUAUAUUUCUUCUCUGAUGGCAUCUUAUUCCUCCAUCCUUCCUAUGGGGCCGUCACAAUCUCAAAGAAUCACAUGAAUUCCAUAAAGUUUUAUGAUGGAGACUCUGCCAGCACGGUCGCAGCCCUCAUCGUGGACGUUAAAGCUUCCCUGCUUCCUCAUCUGCCCAUUCAGUUCACUGCUCCCGGCAGCUCCCUCAUGUUCACCCUUUUCCCAAAAUCAAAGAGCUAUCGUGCUUUCUACUCACAGGUGUUUUCUCAAUGGCAGCAAGACACCAGGGCACUAGGAGUAGCUUUGAAAGUAAUUGGAGAAGACCAGAUCUCCGAAGAGCAAAGGAAAAUUUACUUGAAUAUGCAGAAUCUAUUUGAGGCUUUAUCGUUUCCUGCAGCUGAUGGAUGGAGCCAUCUAAAAAUGAUAUCCGCUAACCUUCCAGGGCUGGAAAGAUUCUUCCAGCAUCUGGCAGUCAGCAGCGUGGGCCGUGAACCACUGCCACGGAUCCACCUUCCAGUGAUGCUACAAAAUGUAGAAGCCACUGUAGUGAGCAACAUGGAAAUUGAGAAGGUUCCAAUUUCUAUUAUAACUGGAUUGCCUGGCAGCCACUGUAACAACCUCUGUGACUUCCUUGUGUCAUUUCAGAAGGAAUGUGGCAGGUGGAUGGUAUAUCGCCAGCCGGCUGAGGGUUUUGAUGAGUUUAGCGCAGUUCACUUUCAGCGAUACCUUUCAAAUAUCCUGGAAGCCCAGCGGAACCGCAAUGCCAGACAAUCUGUUUACUCAAGGAAGAAAAUGAGGCUCCUUAUUGUACUAGAAGGAUACUUUGAUGUGGUGGAUGUUGUACAGGCACUGCAAACUCACACUGACCCACAGGUUAAAUCCACGUUCAUCAUUGGAACGGUCACAGCUUGUGUGAAUCCGCAGAGCUGCUUCAUGGAACACAGGUUUCUCUUCCCUAAAUCCCUUGAGCAGUGUUCGCAAGGGAUUGCGAGCAAUGUGGUGUUUACCAGUCUCACAGCAGAGCAGAGGCAUUCUAGCCUGUUACUGCUUCAGAAACUCCUGCGGACGGUAAACCCCGGUGCGGCCUUCAUUCUAGGGGAGAAGGGGAUUGUCACCAGAAAUGAAGAUAUUGAACUCAUAUUAUCGGAAAGCAGUUUUUCAAAUCCCCAGAUUCUAAGGGCACGUUAUCUAAUGCACCCUGGGUGGUAUGAUGGAACAUUUGCAGCCGGGCCUGCUAUUCCAAAGAUGGAUCAGAUCAGUGUUUGGUUUUCCCGCCCCCUGGAAAAGGCGAGGUUUAUGACUCGAUGUAAAGCAAUCAAGUCGUCCAUUAAAACCUAUCCAUUUUCAGGAAACACAUAUCACAUUAUGGGGAGAGUCAAGUUCUCAGACUCGGAGCAGAUGAUUGAAGUUUGCCAUAAUACGUUACCCAAUUCUUUGAGUCUGGUCCCAGUGGAAGCCGGGCCAACUCCUCCCUCCGACUCGAGACAAGACCAGCGAGAGAGCAGUUUGCAUGCGCAAUGCGUCCUAGUUUUCAUUGGCUGCUCCCUCAAAGAACAAGAUGUCAAGGAUUGGCUGAGACAAUGCGCCAAGCAGAGACCUCAGAAAAAAACGUUGCGUACAAGAGGAACAUUAACUGUGCAAGAAAUCCGAAGUAUCCAUGCAAAGCGGCACUUGGAUCCCCUUCCUAGCGGAUACUUCUACAAUGGAACACAGUUUGUGAAUUUUCUUGGUGAAAAAAUGGAUUAUCAUCCAUUAAUGGACCAGUUUAUAUACGAGUAUGUAAAUGAAGCAAACCAAGAAAUCGAAAAAUACAACCGGGAACUGGAACUUCAAGAAUACUAUGACAUUUUUGGGCAGAAGCUCUGAAGGUCACAUGGUCCCUUGUCAUUUACUCAUUCACGUUUGUGCCAUUCCCACAGUGACAGAAAAAUGAGCACAUGCAGGAAGCUAUUCCCCACGAGUUCUUUACAAAGCCUUACACAUUUCUUAUUCUUGGUCUCUGGUCGAGUUUCUUUGUUCUAUGUAGCACAUCUUUUGCAAUUGUUAUGUUGUUAAACAAUUGGUUACUUCACUAAUAAAUUUAGAUCCGAGGCGGCCAAUAGGCAAAUCACUCGCUGUGGGAGUCUACCAAUCCACCACUGGUAUAGAGCUCGGCAUCUCUUCUAUCUUGCUAAUUAACCGCAAAUCAAUAGUUUUAUCAAUCUACGAAUAUCUCCUCGCCUGCACCAUUUCCAUUUUUGUUUUCUGGUGUGCAGACGUGUGUGCAUAUAUAGGCAGAGUUUGCUAAAAUAUGUAAUACUGUCUAAGGAUUGACGGCGGUAAUUAAAACGAUUACAUUCUAUAAAUGUGUAGGUUAGCAGCUGGGAGGAGUAAGCUGUUCUUGAGAAAUUUCAGGAACUCUCUGGACUUAUACGCAUCUGUUCCCAACUUUCUAUGUUCAUGGAUAAUGUUCCUAUCACAUUUAACUAUGGGACCACAAUUAUAUGUUCAGUCAGUCAUUUUGUGCACCUUUUUGUUGAGCUAUAAUUUUUUUAUGAUACAUUUCAAGCAACUCUUCUUUAACAUUCUGAGUAUACACACAUUUAACGUUCUAACGGAGAAGGGUUGUGUAAAAAGCAGUCAUUUCCAUCGUAUCCCCAAGGUAUCCAAACAUGACACUUUGGGGAUAAAGAGAACAAUGGAUUGGCUGUUUGGUUCGGUAUUAAUACAUUAUUUAUAUCCAUAGCCUGUAGUGCCAGACAGGCCUGUUAUAAACUCUAUUAGAGUGGAAUAUCACAUGCUAUAAAGGGGGGUGCCCAAACAGGGCCUUUGUGUUUUAUUUUUGUUUGUUUGUUUUUCUACCUGUAAUGGGGAGAUUUGCAGGGAAAUUGUGGACACCCCCCUGCUGAAUUCAUUUUGCACAAGGACUAAUAUUCCUGAGAAUACAUGAGAUUCAGGUAGAAACCGCAAUAAAAUCUAGAGAAACUCAUGUAGCUAUAAUGAAUCAACCGGAUACCCUGGUAAAAAUGGGGUUGAAAUAAUAUGUACCGUAUAAUGUGUAACUGGCCUGGGAGCUCCCAUCUUGGAUUGAUUGUGAGAUAUUCUGGCACCCCAUCAGUUAGAAGCACCAAUUGCCAUAUUUACUGGCUCUCAGGGUGAAAGCCAGUAACAAGGAGCACAUGUCUACCACAAUGUGCUGGUUCAGGUGGAAUUAAUCACCCGUGUGGCUUUAUUCAAGGAAUGUCUGUGUUACAGUGCGAGAUAUCCCUUGCCCCGUACAUAGAUUCAUUCUUUGUGGGAGGUGGGGCUUACUUGCUGUUCUUCAGUUGUUGUGGAGGUUUACAAUUCCAAUGAUUUUCUUGGAGAACUUGCUCGUUGACUGAGAUCCAUCAAGUAGUUCUUGCUGCUUCCUUGAAUAGGGCCUCAUAGCCUUUCAUUACUUAUGUUUUUUUAAUAUAAUUUUCAUAUAGUUUUAUAUGUUUAGAACAUUGUGAGGAUUUUUAAAUGGGAAUUUCCAUGCAUUAGACUUUCAAUAUAAAGUAUGUUAAAAUGGACUGUCUAAUUGUUGUUUUCAACAUCCAAAGAAUACGUUAUUUUGGUGCAGCAUGACAUUGAGUCCUACCCAAAAUGGAGUUUGGUUUCCUUGUUUUGCAAGGAAGUCUUAUGCUGAGCCAUGAUAUUCUGAUUGUAGUUUUCUGUGUGUCCUUGUAUAUGGGUAUGUCUUUGUGUUUGUCAUCUUUCUACGUUUCCCACUUUGUCCUUCUGUGAGUGUUCUCAUUCGAUAACUCUGUCAGAUUAUGCCUCUUGUUUUACCAGCGUUUGACUCUUACUUUUUAUCUUUGUGUGCUCAAUCUUCACGUUUACUUUUUCUGUGUCUCUUUCUCUAUACAGUUAGUUUCGUGUUGAUCACAAUAAAGGCAGAGCAAGGUCUCUGUGUUCACAAUUUGUACGUCUGCAGCUGUAUAUCCAAAUUCGCAAAUGUCAUUGGUGGAGAUUUUUCCAAAAAUCCAUUUGCAUGGGCUGGAUUCAUUGUCAUUUUCUUUCAUGGAAACUACUUUUAAAUUACCCGAAUAAUGCAGACUGUAUAUUUUAACGUGUUUUGUAUGUUUAAGGUAGAAAUUCCCCUUUAAUGUUAAAGCCAUGGUGCAUGCCAGUGUUGAAAUGGGUUGGCAUCAUGUUUGGGGAGAAGUAGCAGGUGUUGAAAUAUAAGUGAAUACACAUUUGUGCAUUUGAUCCAUCUGUGCCAGCUUUGAAUCUCAAUCACUUUUAAGAAGAAUAGUAUUUUAAAAGUGUGACGUUAUUUGCGCAUCACUAGAGCACAGACUGGUGUGUAGUCUCAAAUCCCAGUCAACGCAUUUCACUAGAAAUGUUUGUGCAUUAUCUAUGCAUGGGUGCCGUUUAUAUAGUGCCUCGUGCUAUACAUAGGGAUUAGCAGAAGUUCUAAAAACCACCGCAGAAACAUUUGAUAGCAGCCUAAUUUUUAACUCUUUAACAGCUGCGUCUAGGUUAGAUCAAAGAUGCAUGCAUGCAAGGUCAGAUUGAAUUAUCGCAGUAGAUUAUUCUGAUUUAAUACCAACGUUAAUGUUUUUUGAUUGAUUCAGCUGCAUAAUCAGUUGUCUUAGAUUAUUUUUUAGAUGACUAAUUUCUCGGACAAAAAGCAUAUAUUUUGGAAAGAGGACGCUGCAUUCUCAAAUUCUGAGCACAAUGUUGACUCUAUAACACUGCUAAUCUCUAAAUGGAGGAAUUCGUAUUAACAAGCCAUACAGUGACCGUAGUUAUUCCUAUUUAUUUAGAUUAGGGAAGACACCAAAUGUAAGUUGUAUGUCUUCUAUGUUCUUCUAAAGCAGGGAUGAGCAAAGCUGGCCUCCUAAGUGGGGUUCAUUGAUAACUGGAGGUCCACAGGUUGACCAAGCCCUUAAUUACAUGGACCACCUGCUACCCUCUAGCAAAGUUCACCACCGUCCUUGGACGAAGACCGUUGCUCAUUCCUGCUUUACCUCUAUACCAUUUAGGAUAGAGUGCAGCUUUGUCUGCAGUAGCUCAUAUCUAUAAAGAGCUUAUGUUUACAAUGCAGAACUCUUUAAAAACUACAUUUUUGUGCAGCUUUUGGUUGAAGACGCCAUUUUUUAAAGAUUUGUAAUACUUUAGAGUUUAAAGAAGUCUAGAAUUGAUCCAUGAAUAAAUUUAUAUUUUAAGAUUAAAAUGGCAUAUGUGAUCUAGUUUUUAAAGAGUAGAGUUAAUAUCACCAAGGCAGCCCAAAAAAAGCACCUUGAAUCGUUCUGUAGUUGUUUGCUGUAAUAGAGAAAAACAAAACCUUUCACCAGACGGCUAAUACUUCUGUGAAGAAAUUUUAUAUACUUAGAAUCAAAAUACAAUUUAGCUUACCUCAUUUUAGAGCUGUGAUUUUUUUUUUGGGUAGGAAUUACAGAAAACUGUGAUUAUGCUACUUAUUUUUUUCGAGUUAGCAGUGCCUUGCAUUAGGUGUCAUUCAAGUGUCAUGAGAAGACAUAUUGUGAAUGACCAUUGAUUGUAAUGGCUAGCCCCUCACUUUGGAGGGAGAAUAUGGUGCUGGUGAAAGGGUUUAAAGUUUACCUUCGAUAAGCUUUUUUUUUUUUCUUUUUUUUUUUUAGCACAUUCUAUAUCUGUAGGAUUAAAGAAAACGUAAAAAAAAAAAAAAAAUACAGAAACACAAACUCUUUGAGGACUGAGCUCUAGAAAACAAUUAAUGAAGUUGACUGGAACAAAAGGACCUGCAGUUGGCUAGGCUUGGAAAACCAUAUUUGCCUAAAUGUCUAACUACAUAUUUUUUGUGUUAACUAAAUGUCCCAUGAUGCACACUGGUUGAGCAUCAUGGGAAAAUAAGUUGAAAGAAACACAUCAGUGGGGCCAUGUUUGUGGGUCCAUGCUGAACAGACCGUUCGUAUCCAGUUUUCCGGUAAGGCAGGAUUUUAUAUAGUGCUCUUGCUAGGUCUCCUAUAACUUGUUUGGAGUUUAAUUAUUUACCUAGUUAUGACUAUGUAAAAAAAUAAUUUUUAAAUCUUUAGACUACUUUCAGAUAAAUGUGUUCUAAUGAGUACAGCAAGUGCCAUUAAGCUGUGUCUUUUAUCUUUGUAGCAAAGUGUAACGACAUCGAAAGUGGUUUGAAAACCGCCAUGUGCUAAAUGAGUCCUCAAGGAGUUUUAAUGCUUUGCCGACCUUCUCAUUGGCAGCUUGUGUUUUUAUCACUGAGUGAGUGCGACAAAACUUGCUGAAGUUAUAGGGAGGGAAAAACAAUGUGACAAAUUUAACAGGAAAAGGGAACGUUUGCACCUUAUUAUUUUUUUUAUUUUUUUCCUGUCCUCUGCAAAAAAAGAAAA